UACCGAACCCGAUCAUAAAAUGCAUUUUGACACCUACUGAAACCAGGAGCAGGGUUCGGCAAACAGAAAACGCACUACUGAAACCCUAAACUCUAAUCAACCCACUAAGAAGGGAAUUGGUGCCUGGAGCCGAGAAAUUCAGCCAGUGAUUAUGGAGCUCGGCUAUGUUGGUCGAGUUCAGCUUUCGAUCUUCACUUUAGCGAUGAUGUUCUUUCACGUCUCCGAAUACUUGCUCGCGGUAGCCAUCCAUGGUCGAUCCAACGUGUCCUGGAACUCUUGUUUGAUUAGCAAGCAAUAUAUUAUUGCUAUGGUAUUUGCAUUGCUGGAAUACUUCAUAGAGAUUUGUCUAUUUCCAAAGCUUAAGGAUCACUGGUGGAUCAGCAAUAUUGGGCUAGUGAUCGUGCUAGUAGGAGAGGUUAUACGCAAAACUGGAAUUCUAACUGCUGGCCGUUCUUUCACACACAUCAUCAGGGUUUAUUAUGUAGACCAUCAUGAGUUGAUAACUUGGGGAAUCUAUAGGUUCAUGCGUCAUCCCGGUUAUUGUGGCUUCUUUAUAUGGGCCGCUGGGACACAGUUGAUUCUUUGCAACCCUAUAUCCACUGUUGGCUUUAUAGCUGUCACAUGGCGAUUCUUUUCAACUAGGAUACCAUAUGAAGAAUUCUUUUUAAGACAGUUUUUCGGACCUGAAUACGUAGAAUACGCUGCACGAGUUCCUUCCGGGCUUCCUUUCAUAAAAUGAAGAGCUGGCUUGAAAAUAGAGCUCUGCAGGUGGAUCAUUAAAGAUAACUGGUCUUUUCCUUUCUAUAAUGCUGUAGAUGGGAAUGAAGAAAUUAAGGUAGCAUGACUUAGGCUAUAAUUUUUGUCAAGCAAUUCGUUCUUUGAAGCUCCAGUGCAGGUUGCAAAAGGCUGGACCUACGAGCUCUCUGAACAUUUUUGUAGUAUUUUGAGCCAAACUUGCAGUUCAUAUCACAAGGAUUGUAUUUCUGUAUUUUGAUUGUAAUUAUAUUACCGUUAUGCAAAUCAAAAAAGCAUUCCAUAGUGCAGUUUAUAUGUGAAACGCUACAGAAAUUAAAAAGAAAAAUGCUCUAAGUCUUAGCCAUGGUAAUGAUAACAGUCCUCUGUUAGUUGUAAUCAUCAUAGCACAAUGAGAUUGCAUGUUGGAAUCUUGUACCGAGAUGUAUAGUCAAGAUAAUCUGUUUGCUUCAUAUUA